AAAAUGAGGAUGCCUUGCUCAAGUUGACAGCAAUGGUAGGGACUGUUGUUCUUGAACUAACAGUGUCUUAAUUUAAUUCACUUGGAAGGCAAAAGCAUGUGAUACUUCAGUGACAUUGUCUUCUGCUGGUUCCCACAAAUUUAUUUUCAACACAUAUCAGGAUUCUAUGAGUUGCCAUUGCCUAUUUAAACACAUUCAAAGAGGUGUCUACCACCACAACUCUCAGCAAAACUUGAUAGUAUUCAAAGCUUUCUUUGCUCUUGAGGUCUUUGAUACAUAUUCUUUCUUUGUUUUCUCAUCUAUAUUAAAACUAAAAGAUCAUGGCUAUCCGUAUGCCUCGAAUAAUCAAGAAGUCUUCAGAUAUUCCCAAGGGUCACUUUGCUGUGUAUGUUGGAGAGAAACAGAAGAAGAGAUUUGUGAUUCCGAUAUCAUUCUUGAGUGAACCUUUGUUUCAAGAUUUGCUUAAUCAAGCUGAGGAAGAAUUCGGCUUUGAUCAUCCAAUGGGUGGUGUCACAAUUCCCUGCACCGAGGAUUUGUUCAUUAAUCUUACAUCUCGCUUGAGGAAGUGAGAUGAAAACCAAUCCCCAUUCUUUUGCUUACACAAUUUUGUAACUAUGUUAAGCAGGAUUUUCAGAGUGUACAGUUCAGGAGUUAGAAGAAACAGUAACUUGACGUUAGAAUUAGGGGAGUCUAACUAGGUAGACUAAUGAAUUUAGCUCCAUAAAAGAAUGGAGAUGUAAUAC